AUGUACCUCAAAUCUGACUUCCAUAACAGCGGGUCAUCGAAGCCAAAUCCACCAAAAUCAAAUGCACACGGAAAAAUACUAUCUUCUUGCUCCAGCGCACAGCAACAACUACCAGCGAAACCCGCCCUAUCACCUCCCCUUCUCCAAGUUGAGCCGCCUUACUCAACUGCAUGGGGAAGUAUCGAUUCCUCCAUCUCCUCCUCCUUCUCUAGGGAUCUCAGCCUGUCCCCAAUCUCGGUAGAAGAGCACCCAUCUCCAUAUUCCUACACAGGCGAAACAUGCAGCUCUCCCCUUCCAAACGACUCAUUCACGAAUCCACACUACCCCUCCUCCGGCAUACCCGUCGAGAUGGCGAGUGCGAUCGACCAAUAUCUCCGGAGCAUUCUGAAGCCUGAAGCAUUCGCGAACUUUCAGCAGCCGAUGAAUCCCGCUAUCUGGAGCCCGGAGGUUGAGAUUGAUCCAACUUUGAUGAAAUUGGAAAGCCAGGACCAGCUGCCUUUAUAUUCGUGGCCGGCUGCCAACAACUUGCCUUAUGAAACGCAUACGACUCAAUGA